AUGGCCUCCGAAAAGCUCAACGUCCCCGGCGAGCCCGCCGUCCUCGACGUCUUCACCAGCCUCCUCCAGCCGGUCUCGCAGCCCCUCGGCGCCGCCUUCAACCGUCUCCACAACUGGAAGGAGAACAUGGGCCUCAUCCAGCCCGGCACCGUCGAGAACCUCACGCGCGAUGUGACGCAGACCCUCAUGACCAACUACUUCUUCGAGGGUGCCCGCGCCGACCUGUCCAAGAUGGUCUCGCCCAACCCGGCCUUCCAGGUCACCCACUCGUUCUCGCUGGGCCAGAAGUCCAACUACACCCUCGGCGCCCUGUUCGCCAACCAGUCGACCUUCAUGCACGGCCAGUGGGACCCCUCGACCGGCGGCGUCAACAUGCGUGCCAACCAGACCUGGUCGGAGAGCGACGUUACCAAGAUCCAGGCUCAGCUCUCGUCGGCUCCCGGCCAGACCAUGUUCCAGAUCGAGCACGACCACAUUGGCCCCCACUACUCGCUCAACCUCAAGUCGAUCAACCCCUCCCCCCUGGACCUGACUGGUCUCCACUUUGUCUCGCUCCUCCACUCGGUCACCCCUCGCCUGUCUCUUGGCUUUGAGACCAUUAUCCAGCGCACCUCGCCCGCUGAGAUGACCCCUGCUACUUCGUGGCUCAUGAAGUACACUUCGCUGCCGAACGCGCUUUCGGAGCCCCUCGGCCACCCCGAGGUCCCCGGUGCCGCCCCCGUCGCUCCCUUUGUGCCCUCAUGGAGCGCCACUGCCCAGCUCCAGCCCUCGGGUAACAUCCAGACCACCUACUUCCAGAAGCUGAGCGACAAGGUCGACGUCGCCCUCGACCUCCAGACCCAGAUCCAGCCCGCUUCGUUCAUGGGCCCCGCCAAGCGCGACGCCGUCGCCACCCUCGGUGCCAAGUACGAGUUCCGCAUGGCCACCUUCCGUGGCCAGGUCGACUCGGCCGGCAAGGUCGGCAUGCUCCUCGAGCAGCGCUUCACCCCGGCGUUUGCCUUCCUCGUCGGCGGCGAGAUUGACCACGCCAAGAACACCUCGCGCUUCGGCCUCGGUGUCAUGAUCGAGUCGUCGACCAUGACCCCCGAGGAGAUGAUGGCCGCCGGCAUGAUCCCCCCGCAGUAA